AUGGCGCAGCAGACUCAACCUCUCAAGAUCCUUUCUAUAGGAUCACCUUUAUCCGAACUUACCACACUGGUAUCUAAGAUAACAGCGAUCAACAGCAAGCAUGGACCGUUCGAUGCGUGUGUAAUUGUGGGUGAUCUGUUCAGGGAGGGAAGUGAUGGUAAGGAAAUUGGAGGAUUGAGCUUCCCAGUACCUACUUACUUCAGCGUUGGUAAAUACCCUUUACCUCAAUUAGUCAAAGAACAGAUCAUCAGGACUGGGGGGGAAGUUGCGAAUAACCUUGUUUAUCUCGGCAAAUCAUCAGUCUUGACUACAGCUCAAGGACUGAAGAUAGCUUGCGUAGGAGGUAGUUUCACUGAAGAAGGCUAUGAUUCUAUUGGAGAUCAAUUCUCACCUGUAAUAUCGAAAGAUUCUAUAUCUACUAUUCUCUCUCACCCCAUACUUACUGGUGCAACUGCCAAUCCAUCCGAAUCACUCGCAUCUGCCAAGCAGGAGGCAUCGGCUUUACCAAGUGCUUUCCAAGGUGUAGACUUACUAUUAUUCUCAUCACCUCCACCACAUCUAUCAACCCUGUCACCAUCAUAUGCCUCCUCAGGUGUAUCCUUGGCUCAAUCUGCCCCACCGUUGGAAGAGGUAGUAAGAAGAGCGAAACCCAGGUAUCUUUUAUGGGGUGAUGGUGAAGGAUUCUGGGAGAGGGAACCGUGGGGAUGGACUGGUCCGACUGGCAAAGAAGAAAGAUGGACUCGAGCUGUCAAACUUGGUGCCUUGGGUGGUGAAGCUCCUACAGGAGGAAAGAAAGCUAGGUGGUUCUAUGCUUUCACCCUUCCACCUCAAACGGCGACUUCACCCUUACCUGCCAAACCCGCCAAUGCCACUCCCAAUCCAUACGUCAUGCCCUCUACACCUUCUAGCUCCUCGACCUCAAGCAGGAAGAGAGGGCCGCUGGAAGAUCAGAAUUACAUCUUUGGUGGUCAACAAGCCAAGAAAGGAAGAACAGAAGGAGCCGUACCUCCCGAUAAUUACGUGUGCAAGAUCUGUGCUCAACCUGGUCACUUCAUUACAGACUGUCCUCAGAAGAGUAAUAGGGAGGCUAAAGAUCAUUCCAAACCACCUCAAGGAUAUGUCUGCAAGAUUUGUCAAUCUCCUGAUCAUUUCAUCAAAGAUUGCCCGCAGAAGGAUGACAAACCAAGAGGACCUAAACCUCCUCCUCAAGGAUAUGUCUGCCGAGCAUGCGGUAUACCCGAUGCGCAUUAUAUCAAAGACUGUCCAGUAGUUCUGGAAAGGGAAGAAGCGAAAAGCAAAAGAAAGGAAUUGGGUCCUGCCGAGUGCUGGUUCUGUCUGAGUAACCCGAAAGUGACCAAACAUCUUAUCGUCGCUAUUGGUUCAGAGACAUAUGUGACCCUCCCACGAGGACAGCUGAUCCCUACUCUACCGAAACAUAUCGCUCAAGGGGGUCAAAAGCCAUUGGUGCCAGGUGGAGGGCAUGUAUUGAUUAUCCCAAUCGCCCAUCACCCAACUUUGCUAUCGAUCCCAGCAGAAGAUGCCAUGUCCAUCAUAUCCGAAUUGGAGUCAUUCAAAUCGUCCCUCAAAGCGUGCUAUGCUUCAUAUGGGGCUGUACCUGUAUCGUUCGAGAUUGGACGAUUAUCAGGACGAGGUGGUCAUGCUCAUAUUCAAGUCAUACCUAUUCCUCAAGAAUUGGCCGAUAAAGUUGAAGACUCGUUCAUAAAAGCCGGUGAAGCUCAAGGAUUGGAUUGGGAAUUGGAACCUGAACGAGCGUUGGCUAAAGUAGGUCAACAAGGCAAUUACUUUAAAGUGGAAUUACCAAAUGGUAAGAAGAUGGUCCAUCUGUUAAAAGGCAAUUUCGAUUUACAAUUUGGAAGAAUGGUACUAGGAAGUGUUCUGGGAUAUCAUCAUAGGAUCGACUGGAAGGAAUGCUCACAGAGCGAAGCGGAAGAUAAAGAAGAUGCUCAAAAGUUCAAAAAGGCUUUUGCACCUUUCCAUUCUUAA